AACAACCGCGAUGCACCGGGUGGCAGCAGUAGCGGCGGCAACGGGGAGGGCGAGCGGGACCUGUACCGGGACCGGGCCACCUUCGAGUGCAACAUUUGUCUGGACACUGCCAGGGACGCUGUCAUCAGUAUGUGCGGCCACUUGUUCUGCUGGCCCUGUCUCCAUCAAUGGUUGGAGACACGGCCCAAUCAGCAGCAGUGUCCUGUUUGUAAGGCGGGAAUCAGCAGAGAGAAGGUCAUCCCGCUGUACGGCAGAGGGAGCUCCAGCCAAGAGGACCCCAGGUUGAAAACACCACCUCGGCCUCAGGGACAAAGAACAGAGCCAGAAAGUAGAGGCGGGAUGUUCCAGGGCUUCGGGGACACUGGCUUUCACAUGUCUUUUGGCAUCGGUGCUUUCCCCUUCGGCUUCUUCACCACAGUCUUCAACACCAACGAGCCCUUUCACAGAGCAGACCAGUAUGCAGGUGACCACCAAGGAAACGGUAACCACAACAACUGGCAAGACUCCCUCUUCCUGUUUGUGGCCAUCUUCUUCUUUUUCUGGCUGCUGAGUGUGUGACAGAGACCCAACGGGAUUAACGGAUGGAUGAAUCAAUAAACGAGUGGAUCGAUGACUGGGAGGGAGGAGUGCAAAAAACAAAAAAACAAAAAA